GCCCCAAGCCGUCGCCGUGGAAAAGUGCUGGGCGUGCAGCAGCGCGGCCGCGAGCUCGACGGCGGCAAGCCCUUCCCCCUCCUCUUUUAUUUUUUUAUUCCGAGCCUGCCCGCAGCUUGAAACAGCAGCCCGUCUGGACUACGACCCGUGCGGCAACCUCCAUCAGCAGCGACUGCCGGCUUGGAAUAAGCGUGCUGUGUUGUGCGUUUGCGACGCUGAGCGAGCGGGUUCUCGGUUUAGGCCUACGGCCGCUCUCGCAUCGUCCGUUGCCCGGGAUUUGGUGUGUGUCCUCGCGCGGCGAGCUACUCCAUCGAGCAGCGGCGUACAGACCCCGUUGCCACUGGGUGCCAGGCCGGUUUGCUCGAAUGGUUUCCUGGGGACCCGCGUCGUGUGGAGGCGCCGUCCGGCGGCCCGAUGCUCUCUGAGCUGCAGCUGCAGCCGCUGGGGCGCCGGUCGGCGGCGGCGGCGGCUGCCCCAUCCUCGGACGAGGUGGCCUCCAUGAAACCCAUGCUGCUGCAGGCCGCCCAGGGGGCCGGGGGCCUGGCCGCCGGGUCGCCGCCGGCACUGUCGCCCAACCUGCCCAGCGUGGUCAAGGUGGAGCCCCGGCUGCCCAGCCCCUGCAUCGGCGGGGCGGCCAGCGACGGGGGCCCGGCGCCUUCGAAGCGCGUGCGCCAGGAUGACGCCGGUGCGUGGAUCUCGUCGCCGUCGUCGCAGAUGUCGGUGGGCUCGCUGUCCCCGCCGCCGCCGCUACUCAACGGACUGGCCAACAGCAGCGGACUGUCGCCCGUGUCGUGCUCCAGCUACGAGACGUACAGCCCCCGGGGACCCUGCAAAGAAGAGAUGAGCCCUAGCAGUGGGGGCGGUGGCAUGAAUGGCUAUUUUGUGGACAGCUUUGGUGACCCAAAGAAGAAGAAGGGUCCCGCGCCAAGGCAGCAGGAGGAACUCUGCUUGGUCUGUGGUGACAGGGCGUCAGGCUACCAUUACAAUGCACUCACGUGCGAGGGCUGCAAGGGCUUCUUCAGGCGUAGCAUCACAAAGAAUGCAGUCUACCAGUGCAAGUAUGGCAAUAACUGUGACAUCGACAUGUACAUGCGGCGCAAGUGCCAGGAGUGCCGUCUCAAGAAGUGCCUCAGUGUUGGAAUGCGACCAGAAUGUGUGGUGCCGGAGUACCAGUGUGCCAUCAAGCGAGAGUCGAAGAAGCACCAAAAGGACCGGCCCAACAGCACAACACGAGAGAGCCCCUCUGGGCUAAUGGCACCAUCGUCCGUGGGUGGCGGUGUGAGCCCCAGCAGCCAGCCGUUGGGUGGUGGAGGCAGCUCCCUGGGCAGCAACAGCAACCAUGAGGAAGACAAGAAACCUCUGGUGCUGAGCCCAGGUGUCAAGCCCCUUACUUCGUCUCAGGAGGACCUCAUCAACAAGCUAGUCUACUACCAGCAGGAGUUCGAGUCUCCUUCUGAAGAGGACAUGAAGAAAACCACGCCUUUCCCACUGGGGGACAGUGAGGAAGACAACCAGCGGCGAUUCCAGCACAUCACCGAGAUCACCAUCCUAACAGUGCAGCUCAUUGUGGAGUUCUCCAAGCGAGUGCCCGGCUUUGACACAUUGGCACGAGAAGAUCAGAUUACUUUGCUGAAGGCUUGCUCCAGCGAGGUGAUGAUGCUGAGAGGUGCCCGGAAGUAUGAUGUGAAGACAGAUUCUAUCGUGUUUGCCAACAACCAGCCGUACACAAGGGACAACUACCGCAGUGCCAGUGUGGGUGAUUCAGCGGAUGCCCUGUUUCGUUUCUGCCGCAAGAUGUGUCAGCUGCGAGUGGACAAUGCUGAAUAUGCACUCCUCACAGCCAUUGUUAUUUUCUCUGAGCGGCCAGCACUGGUGGACCCGUGCAAGGUGGAGCGCAUUCAGGAGUACUACAUAGAGACACUGCGCAUGUACUCGGAGAACCACCGGCCCCCGGGCAAGAACUACUUUGCCCGGCUGCUGUCCAUCUUGACGGAGCUGCGCACCUUGGGCAACAUGAAUGCCGAGAUGUGCUUCUCGCUCAAGGUGCAGAACAAGAAGCUGCCACCGUUCUUGGCUGAGAUUUGGGACAUCCAAGAGUAGUAGUGGGGGAGUGUGUUGGGCUCUGCUGUGGACUGCCUGCAAGUGGCCCAUCUUCUGGCACUGCCACAAUGUAUAGGCAUUGUACGUCUCAUUGCCAAUGCUAUUGGGAAAAGGCUUUGGCCAACAUCCUGCUUUCCACGCCGUCAGCCAUGCUUGCUGCACCUUUUGUGUGUCAGGUGUGAGCCACCAGCCCCGACAGGCCACCUUUAGUCAUGUUUUGAAAGAACUAGAGGCGUGCGAAUACUCUAAUAUCACCGAAUCGAAUUGAAUUGUGAAUGAUUGAAUAAUUCGAUUCCUGAAUGAAGUGUCUGCUAUUACAUAUAUUCGGUACAGAGAUGCCGCGCAGUGCCACAUGUCACAAGCAUGUCAUCAGCUGGGAUGGGUCGUCCCGGUGACGAUGUAGUUGACUUGGUCACUACAAUGCCAUAACACCACAGUUCACCGAACGACACCGCAUUUCGUUAAGUGCGAAAGCAUGUGCGAAGACCGACCGGGCUGAUCAGCCACCAAUAGGCACACAGAUAGUGUUGGAUACAGACCAUCAUAUACUAGAACUGAACAGUAAUCAGUGGUGUCAUACUGAUUUGGUGCUCACUUUAUAAUAUAGAGUGGAAUCGUGCUGUAUAUCUUGAUUUAUAUUUACAUUAAUUACUGGUAGCUUGCUACAUUCUUGUUAUGCAAUGCUAGAAGACUUCCAAGCAUGUCCAGCACCAUAUUGUCUUGGCCAAAAUUUGUAACAUUAAAUGUUGUGAAAAAAUUUUCUUAUAUUUGAUAUUCGAUUCAAUACUAUGCUUUUUUUUUCUUGAUACGAUUCGAAAUCUACUAUUCGGUAUUCGCACACCUCUUGAAAGAAUGCAUUGAGGGAAGAAACUCUGUGGGGGAAAGCCCAUCUUCAUUUUAUCGCCGACUGUGUGUGUGUGUGCACUUAUUAGAAUGCUACCUCACACUGUUAUAAAAAAAAAAACAAGUUUGAUUGUUAGCAUGUUUUCUGUUAAUAGAAAGUUCUUUCCUGCUGAAGCAGAGUGAUCUCUUUGCUUUUCAUGCAACAAAGCAUUAACUGUAGUGCACUGAUGAUUAAUAUUUUACAAGUUCUCAUGGAGAAUAGUUGCUUUUUAUUUCACUUUGCUCAUUUUAUUUUGUCACUAGUGACUAUGUCAUUAUUGAGGCCAUGAAUGAUUACUUACAGACAGUAAUUUUAAGACAGUAAUUGAGUUGUUAUAAAUGAUGCCUGACAGUGACAUAGUUGAUAAUUUCUUUCUUUUUGUGUUUUACACCCCUAGAGCUAAGCGUACUGAGGCUUCAGAGCAAAUUGUGGAACGGGUAAUGUUCAGAUUGUACUAUCCCCCACCACGGUUUUCACUGCGGAAUGUGAACAGGUUCAUAAAAGCCAUGCUCGCAAACCACUUAUGUAAAUGGCACAAGAGGGAUAGCAUGGCUGACAGUGUGGACAGCAUAUGCCUGGUCUGUGUGCUUGACCGACUACAGGGGGUAUAUUGGAGUGACUGCGGCUUUUGCCCAGACUUGGCAUACUACAAAGGCAUCGUGAGCAUUGCAGAGCCUGAGUGUAGUUGUAAGCUGGGAAUGCGAUCCUGUGGUCUGACCAGCAGCUCUUUCCUUUUAUUAUCUUUUUUUUUUAAAUCCUACAGGCUUCGCUGUUUAGUGUAUGUUUUUGUUGCAGUGACUAACAGCUCCAGAAGGGCAUUCUUGAGUGUUGCGGGGAGGAGCGCUGAUGAAGGAAAUGGCAAACAAUAAUGAUUGAGGCUUGCAGUGAGCCCUCUCGCACCAUUUCUGGCGGGUGUAGCCACAUGUGAUGAAAGCCAUUGUUUGAAAGCAGCAGUGCAUCUAAUGGUCCAUGGCGUGGCGAAAAGGGGACUGUUUCAGAGGGCAUGCAUGAUGUGCACUGCCACCCCCCUUUGUGCUUGCCUCUCUGGUUGCAUGGUUGCGUUUGAUAGCGUGUAGUACCACCACUACCUACUGUUGAACCCACAGUCAAGUGCCUUAACAUAGUUUGAGAAAGGUUUGUCCUGCUCCUCUUGGGUUAGCGUGUAACUCUGUAACCUGUGCAGCCAGCGAUUGUGCGAGAGGACUGCUGCGAGCGUCAUGCCAUGUGCCGGCAAAAAGUGUGGUUUGCUGCUUUCCUUCCUCGCCCCUUUCUGCCUCUGGGCAGAUGACAGUGGCAGCGCCACGAUGGCCAGGGCAGCUGUGGUCGCUUGCAGUGGCAGGGAUGCCUCCCUCUCUCUGCAGUUGCAUGCGAGAGGUGGCUGUGAGUGAGAUAAACGCACAAACUUUGACAAUUGUACAAAUAUCUUCCCCUUCCAUAUGGCAAGGGCAUUGUUCUUUACUUUAUUUUAUUGCCUGGUUUGCUUUUUUUUAAGGGUGUUUUUUGUCUCUUUGUGUUACGAUGUUGGGUGCAUGUACAUAGCGACGUGUAACGCUAGGCACGAUCGACAGAAAUGGGGAAUAAUGGCAUCGUGUAGUGCUCGCUUGGUACCGGUGAUGUGAAAGGGGGUGUGGAGCACCCCAGAACAGAAGGAAAAGAUGCCAGCAGCGAGGGAAGGACUGAGCAGCCCACCACCAGACCGCCUCACCUUUUUUUUUUUUCUUCUUCUUCUUGAAUUCAGAGCGGUUUACGAUCUCAGUGUUUCACAAAACCACUUGGCAGGUAGCAGCAAAGCAAGAAAAAUGGACAAAAAGAAAGACUGCAAAUGCAUUAACCAUGACUGCUUCAACUUGGGACGUUGCCGGCAACGAAACCAGUGGACCUACAGCAAAACAUCGAGCGUCAACCUUGUGUGUACAUCUGUGCUUGUCUGUGCUUGUAGUGUGUGGUUGUUGGACGUGCACAGACUGUUAUGUGAAAUACCCAGAGGGACUUGUGGCAGUGGGUUGUCCUGGCCCCGCGCCUUCACUUCUGAAUCUCAGUGGACGUAAGAGAAGCCAAUAUAUCAAGCAAGAGAAAACACCUGGGAGCAUAGAAAAAAAAAUAUAUACUUGCGAAGAAUCAGUGGCACGAGUGAGACACACAACAUAUUUGCAGGCGGUGCUGCUUGAUUCUGUUUUUUUUUUUUAUUAUUAUUAUUAUUGUUUGAGUGCCUUUGUUGUUUCUUGCUGUCACGAUCCGAUGAGACUAACCAGGUGCAGUGUGAAGGCAUGUUUAUUUCGGACAUGUGUAAGAGUGCUUGAUUACUUGAAUUUUUUUUUACUUUCCUUUCCCUUCCGUUGUUCAUCCUUCCAACUAGGCGGGGAGCAAAUUGCAUUUCUCUCAUUGUGUGUCACUGCCUUGGCAUUUGUGUGUUCGGACAAGUGCCACUUCUACCCAGGCAUGAGAUGUGGGGCAACAGAACAGCCCGCUCUGUGCAUUAGCUGCGCAUGGGCGACCCUGGAGUCAUGUGCACAUUACGCACACUGCUUGCUGUCCAGCUGAGCAAUGCAUGGCCAUUUCUGUCAAGCGGUUGGGGAAGCAAGGGGAGCAGCAAAUCCCAAAUCAUCCCAUUGGAUCACGCCAGCAAGCACACACCUUGGCUUGACACUUGCCUGCUAUGCUUUAGCAGGGGCAAGCUGCUACAUUUUUUCCUGUCUGCUACAGACCCGUGUACCUGACUGUCGUACGAGCGUCACGAUCUCUGCACUGAUCAUUGGAGCCGUUCUGCACUUUCUUUGUUGCUUCCCCAUGUUUCCCCAUUACAAGGCUGUUGAGGCGUGUGCGUGGACGUGUCAGCAUGGUAGCCAUGCAGUUUGGGAUUUGGGCGUCAUGCAUUGCCAUGUUGCAGUGUCCCGUUCUCUAUGGGAUAUUUAUUGCCAUCAAGUGGUACAGUGCUGAAUGCUUUUGUUGCGGGCACACAGGGGUAGAUACCAGAGUUGUGUUUUUAGGGCUCCCCUGGAUAAUGUGUGGAAGCGCCUUUCUAGAAACAAAAGAAAAAAAGGAACUUGGUAUCCAUAAGUAUAUUGAUGUACCAUAGAUGAUAUAUGUUGCUAACCAUGGAUGCCUCAUUUCAUUAGUGAGCCAAGAAUAUUUCUGCCAUGGAGCAUUGCUGGUUUCCAAGCACUUAUUUCCUUCCUCUCUGCAAGGUACCACUCUUUGCUUCUCCCUUGUUCCUUGAGCAUGCAAACCUUAGCUUUAUUCAUUAUUUUUCUGGCAACAUAGCACUCUAUUGUACGAAUGAGUUGGACAGUGUGUUCAGGACAAAGAAAGAUAUGUAAAUAUGGCCUGCCAUUCUAUGUCCCCUCUAGCUCUCUGAAUGUAAAACACAGAAUGAGUGACUGGUGGAUGCGGAAAAUUUCAUGUGUGGACAGGCUGUUUUCCGUGACAUCUCAUCUUGUCAAAGGCUAGCAGUGCCAACUUAAGUUGUUUUGCUUAUGGAGAGUCAUUCUGUCAGCAUGAAAGUAUCUGCAGAGAGAAAGACAAAAAGGUUAUGGAGAGUCAUUCUGUCAGCAUGAAAGUAUCUGCAGAGAGAAAGACAAAAAGGCUGACUUUGUGGAUGCAUGACCAGGCAACGUUGCUAGGUUAGACUGUGCAACACUCUGUGGGUGAAGGGGCAGUGAAAUUCUGUGCCUUGACCAAAUAUAGACGGCCUUUAUUUUUCUGCUGAGACCUAUGGUGCUAAGGCUGAGAUGGAAAUGUUGCAACCGUGGAAUACGAACGGGUAUCCUCAAGCUCAAGUAAAAAAAAAGUAAAGAAUAGAAGGUAUUAUUCCUCGGUUGCCUGCUUUUUCCAAAGCAGGUAUCCUAUCGCUACCAGCCACGCUUGGGUUUCCGUCCAGUAAUUGUAGCUCUUCUCCCCUCUUGUCUGCCAUACAAAGCUGCCAGCAUCUUUGCCACUGCCACCAUAAUUAAAACAUAGCCAUUCCCAUUUCUGAUCCCAUUUGUCCUGUGCAUCUUCAUGGCAUUGAACCAUUUGCUGACUCUCAGCCAAGUGAAAGCUUUGAAAGGUGGCAAGCCAGUUGGCAGUGACGAGUUAAGUAUUUCCACCCUAGCGGCUCUCUGAAUGUGGCAGUGACUCAAGCUACACUCUGCAGCAUUUGGGCUGUUGGCAGCUGUUAAACGCAACAUAUAUUUCUUGCACUUUCAAUGAAAUGAAAUGCAUCCAAAAAUGGAAUCUUUGCAUGCAGCUCAUGAUAUAGUGAUAGAAGGAUGCUUAAAAAAAAAAAUGCAAGGCAAUGCUAUGGCAAACGCGGUCAAAUGCCAAAGGCAAGCUUCAGCACAGGCAACUGUAUCACAUAGGUUACACAUGGAAAUUAUGACAUGUGGCCAAAAGUUGAGUUAUGACGACCAGGAAACAUGCUACAAUGACAGAUGAAUGGCAGUGCUCAACGUGUACUGGCACCAGCUGGUAUUCAUUACACAAGCAUAAAAGCAUGUGCGAGCACUGAGCCUAUAAUUGGUUAUUUUCUUAUUCGUGUAAACAGCUAAUUGAAAUCUGACCUGCUGCAAAGGCUCAGUGACUAUGGAGCUCUGCUUCUGAGCUAGCAGCACCCACAAUAUGAUGCAAGCAGAAUGGAAAAAUUUUAGUGUAUUUGACCUUGGCGCACAUUUGAGAACUCCAGGUGGUCAAAUUAAUUCGUAGGCUUCCAGUCUGGCACCGUCUUGUAGCCUAAAUAUUGCUUUGGGACAUCAAAUUAUAGCAGUCAAUCAUUUGGAGGCCAUGUUGCAAAGACUUGAUUGUGGCAUUUGACUUGCACUUGGCAUCAAAGGCAGAGUUCUACACCUGAUGCUUAAGCCAAGUGAAUAUCGGCAGAAACAUUUGGAGCACAAACUAAGCGACAACUGGAAGUGCCUGGAUGAAAAAUAGUGUUUGUCUAUUUCAAACAACUAUGACAAACUAUGAGAUUUCCUAAUAUUUUUGCCGAGACAUAUUUUGAAGAUUACAGAGGCCCAGUGUGUCAGAACUGCUCACAAGAGUUGCAGUUUAAGACAGAGCUUGCAUGCAUGCUUGCUUCCUUCUGCUUCCGGCUAGACAAUCGAGCUCCCGCGCAGUAAAGGAUGCUUGGGAACCAGCAGCGCCCCUGGCAGGACACCCUGUAUUCUCCUUUCCCCCUCCCCCACCCCUUCGUCCCUGGUGUGAAAGUGGCUCGUGGCUUUUGUAGCUUUCGCCAGCUGGGGCAGCAGCCACACUGCCUCACAUUCCCUGUGUCAGGGGGAGGUUGUCUCUUGGGACAAGCUGGGCUCUUGUGAUGUGUUUCCCACGCGGAGGGAGGUCAGUCUUCCCUCCACCCACCUUCAUUCUUGGGAUGCUGUCGAUGUGCUGUUAAGAUUCCUAUGUCCCUAUAGUUGUCUUGUGUCCUUGAGUGUUGAGGAGCUGUCUUUUGGUUCAUGUUGGCCUCUUGAGUGAUGCUGUGAUUUCCUUGUUUGUUGUUUGUUUUACCUUUUCCUCCCCGGAUUGCAUGUGUUUCUCCUGACUAUUCUCUCGUAUGUAGUUUUCCCAGUUGUGUUUACUGGGACGUACUGCCUGUUCCUCAUCCGUCAGCUUCUAUGCGCCCUCUGGCACCUAUCGAGUAGCGUGCGUCUGUUGACCCCUAAUUUAUUUCGCGCGGCUUACUUUUUUUCUCGCUCUCUCUCUCUCUUGCCUCGAGACUGCCUUCCACCACCUCCCCUGCAUACGCGAGUGUGUGAUUUCACGCCCCACCCACGAACCCUGUCUCAGCAAAAGCCUCCCCGAAGAAUUGCCGUCUGGGGCAUAGAAGGAGCUUUCAGCAGUUGAAGGCAUGCAGUGAGAAUGCUGUCUAUGGGAAAUUAAUCCAGCUGUCGGCUGGAUGCAACUGAUCACCGUGUCUAUUCUUGGAAAAAUUAUUUUGUGAGGCCGCCAACCUUGGUAGCACGAGGGGUCAAAAAACGCAGAAGCAACUGUCAGUUAUUUUUCAUAGACAUGCUGGAGUGAACACACAGACGCUAUAAUCGGGGCGUAACUAACAAUGCUUGUAUAUAGUCAACACUGUUUAUACUUAUGGAGGAGAGAGAGGGCUGAAUAAGUUAUGUUUGUUAUGGACUUUGUGCAAAUUUUUUUGUUUCUGGAGCUCCUUUCUUGCUGCGGAGCCAAUGCGCACAAGGGGACACAAGUGGGUUGUUGUGCGCUCAGGUCUGCUACUGUUUUUUGUUGUACAGAUUGUAUCUUUUUUGCAAUGUUCUAUAUUUUUAAAAAUUAAAAAUCCUUGGCUCGA